CCAAAAUUACAUCUUCUUGAAAUCUUUCCUACUAUACCUCUUCCACUUAACACUCAAAACUCUCUCAAAUUCCAAUUAGCAUAUCAUGGGUGAAGCCGUUCUGUUCCUUCCAUCAAAUGAUCAUCACCACAAACCUAAAGACAAUGGACAAGAGAACAAUAACGUCGACGUAAAUGAUGGCUCAUGGUUCGAAGAAGUGAUCGACGAUGAUCUCAAAUGGUCUUUUGCUUUAAACAGUGUGCUGCAUAAAGGGAUGAGCCAGUAUCAAGACAUAGUUCUUUUGGAUACAAAGCGCUUUGGAAAGGCGUUGGUAAUUGAUGGGAAGAUGCAGAGCGCGGAAAGUGACGAGUUUAUUUACCAUGAAUGCUUAAUCCAUCCCCCUCUUUUAUGUCACCCCAACCCAAAAACAGUGUUCAUAAUGGGAGGUGGUGAAGGGUCUACUGCCAGAGAAGCACUCAAACACAAGUCCAUUGAAAAUGUUGUCAUGUGUGAUAUUGACCAGGAGGUAGUUGCCUUCUGUCGUGAACAUCUCACAGCAAAUAAAGAAGCUUUUUGUAACAAGAAGCUUGACCUUGUCAUCAAUGAUGCCAAGAUUGAACUACAAGAGAGGAAAGAGAAAUUUGACAUAAUAGUUGGAGACUUGGCUGAUCCAGUUGAAGGGGGGCCUUGCUAUAAACUCUACACAAAGUCCUUUUAUCAGCAAAUCCUUAAACCUAAGCUUAAUACUGAUGGAAUCUUUGUGACUCAGGCUGGACCUGCAGGAGUGUUCACUCAUCAAGAAGUGUUUUCAUCUAUUUACAACACUAUCAAGCAAGUAUUCAAAUACGUAGUUGCAUACACGGCUCAUGUGCCUUCUUUUGCUGAUGAAUGGGGAUGGGUUAUGGCAUCCGACACGCCAUUUUGUAUCAACCAAGACAACAUGGACAAGAAAAUACGAGAAACAAUCAAAGGAGAGUUGCUGUAUUUAGAUGGCACUUCAUUAUGCGCCUUAAUGGUUCUCAACAAGAUGGUUUCUUCCUCGUUGAAAAAUGAAACUCAUGUGUAUACUGAGGACAAUGCGAGAUUCAUUCAUGGCCAAGGAGUUGGGAAGAAAUGUAAUCUAUAGAAAUGUUUUUUUUCUUUUAUUUGUUCUUAUCUUGGUCUGCUUUCAAAAACAAAUUAAGAUGCAAAACACUUGAAAGUAAUGGAAUUUGAGCGAGUUUCUAGUUGUUCACA